UUAGGGGCUGGAGUGUCCAGGGGUUGCACACAGGCUGGAGAUACUGUGCCUAGGACAGGGCUGAAUGAAGAAAGGGAGAGAGGGGGAGAAAAGGGGGGCAUAGAGUGAAAGUAAAACGAAAGAGAAUAUUUGAAAGGAGAGUGGAAAGUACCAGAAGGGCAGCGACUGCACACAAGCCUCAGAGAGAGAGAGAGAGAGAGAGAGAGAGAGAGCAGGAAAGGGGUGUGCUCGUGAGCAGGACAUAACUUCGCAGUUGCUCACACGCACACGGAAAGCGCUUCUGAAUUUAUCGACAAUCAUUGAACUUUCAGUCGCCAUAAAGUGGGACGUCAGAAGAAACAAAGCAUGAUGGGUAAACAGGUAGACUGGCUGGGCCGGUAGAAGCAUGUUACCGACAGUUUUAUUGCUUCUAUCGGUGUUCACUGUUCGAGGAAGCGCGUGCGAUGAUUUGAAGAGAGCAGCAAUCGAUAACCUGCAGGACACCAUUAAGAAUGAAGAAGAAACGGGAUUUCGCAAAGUGUUUCCGAAAAACUACUACGUGCAGCAUUAUUUCAAUGGCAGCACACAGUGUGAAGACUCGUGCUGUGUUGCCAGUGCAGCCUUCCUCCUGGCAGACUCCUGGAAGCAACUCCUGCAGCAUAUUGAAUGGAUUCACAUGAAACACAAAUUUAUUUCUGAACUGAUCAUGCAUCUUAACACCAUUUGGAAAGAGAGUUUCCAGGAAACACCAAAUCCCUCUGUCUUCCCGUCUGGCCCCUCCUCCCCAAGAGCUCUACUCACCUACACCUCUGAUGUCCUUUCCAAAUGGCUGGCCUUGAACUGCCCGGUUGAGAUAUGCAUAUUUCCCUCUCCAGCUCCUCAGCAAGAAAAACAACAAAGUGGUACUGACAGAGAACCGGUUGAGACACAGUCUGUAUCUGUGAAAGAAGGAGAAAGAGAAAAACGGUGGCUUACUGCGGCCGCAACUAACGGGGACGUGAGGUUGUCUGGUUGGUUCCUUUGUGUUCUCUGUUGUCUGAGGAUGCUGCUGGAUGUGCUGCUGAAAGAGCUCGGAUGAGGAAGGAGCUUCGUCCUAAUUUGAACACUGAGACAUCCUGGCUAAUAAGCCAUGACACUUAGCUACUGUGGUAAGCUUGGUAGACUGUAUUCAGUCAAAUCAACAUUUGCAUGUAAUGAAGAAGUUUGCUGCUGGAUGGUGCUGAGGAUGGAAUUGUGGUCAGUUAAUAGCUAUAGCAUCCCUUCUUGAGCUUGUUCCAUAUAAACCUUGAGGCCAGUGGAUCUCCUACGAUAGAAAGAGAUGUUUCAGCUUGCAAAAUGUCGAUUGGUAGAAACAGUACUCUCAGACAUAGUCUUCAGUAAACACUUUGACUUGGGCAGGUUCCUGUGACCAGUGGGUGUGAGGUGGCAAUACACCCUGGAUGAUAUGCCAGUUCAUUGCCGAGCAAAGAAGUAUACACAUGAUAUUACAGUAUGUGAUACGAAACUGUUAUUCUGAUUCAAAAUAACGUCUAGAAUACAUGAAUGAUAAAAAACAAACAAAUGGAACAGAAAUAAGGUACAAAGCCCAUAGGCUUCAUUUAACUUUAAGCACUUUACUAACCAUAGUAUAACCUUUACAAUAAAACAGUUUUGUAGAAGAAUUGUCAAAAGGUUUACGGUUGCUUUGGAUCCACCUGAACUUUUAAUACGAUCCUAGUGGAUUUAUCUCCAGUAGGAAAAUGCUAGGACUUUUGAAUGUAUGGAUUUUUUUUUUCUUCCUUCAAAUGGCUUUGUGACUUUGCGAGAAAAUAAUUUUGCACUCAGUAUGUGUCCUCAACUUUUUUUCACUCAUAUGAACCCUUAGCUGAACCCAAAACUCUUACCCUGAUUGUUCAUAGCUUUUAUUUUAUUUUUUUUUUAUUUCACUUCAUGCAAAUGAGCAUGCAUAUAAAAAAACAAAUUCUAAAACUCAGUGACUCAUUUUGUAUGGUUUUCUUUGUCGUGAGGAUGGCCAAUAAAGGCAA